AUGACGAAUAGGACCAAAUCUGAUAAUGUGAAAGCCCCCAAAAUACGCACCAAGACAUUUACGGGCUGCUGGACGUGCCGGGGCCGCCGGGUCAAGUGCGAUGACGAGCGCCCGGCCUGCAGACGUUGUCUGCGGAGUGGGUGGGUUUGUCAGGGGUAUGGAUUGCGUCUAGGAUGGUCACAAUCGCCCGGGACUCGUUCCCAUCGCAGGCAGAUCUGGUCGGAGACUCCACAAUCGACAUUGGACUUGUCCUCGGCCGCUGUGACGGCUCUGUUGGCCGAACUUGACGGGUGCUCGGCCGAGGGCAGAGCCCAGCAACGCGGGCCUUUCUCGGUGUUCUCCGCUGCAAGUUCGGGGUCGGACAAUGAGGACGUGGACGAGGGAUUGAGUCUUCAUAAUGAACCAUCACCAUUAUGCCAGGUUGCAGAGGAGGAAUUCGAUAGCCGGAAAGCGCGAUCUUUCGAAAAUGCGUUGGAGAUCGGUGGCGAAACGACUUCUGGCAUCGAUGAUCCUGUCCUACCUGUGAGGUCGACCGGUCCUCUGAGUAGGACUCAAAGUAUAGAAUCGCCAUCGGUAUCAUCUGGGUCUCUCACUCAAGCCAAUUAUGCGAAGGAUAAUGUGACCGGCUCUAUCAACAAGCAGCAUGCGUCCAAAUACGACCGCCGAAGAAAGCCUCUACUACCCGGCAGCUCUCCACCAACAGACCUGUCUUUCAUGAUGGCAAUAAAUCCGAUCCAGCUCCCUAGACCCGAAACAGAACUAGUCCAUCAUUGGGUUGUCUUCCUAAGUGGAAGCAUGAUGCUGAUCGACACUCCGGACAACCCAUGUCGGACAAUCUUCAUGCCAAUGGCGCUGAAGGGACUUGAUACGCCCUCAACAGAAUCGAACAUCCACCUAUCAAUCUUCCAUGCUAUAUGCGCCUCAUCUUCGUUUAGCUUGUUUCACCUCCGUCGCGACUCACGCUACCAAUCGUUAGCAAUGCAUCAUGACCAACUUGCAUUACGGCAUCUAAGAUACAAUCUGCAAAAGGCACGGCGCUUGGAUGAGCCGACCUUAGCGGCGGUCCUUUCUUGUAUCACGGCAGAAGCUAUGUCCGGGCGGAGAGGGCGUUGGAGAGCACACGUUGCUGGUGGCCUGGGCCUCCUUGAGAACGAAUUGAAUGGAGGUUGGGUUCGGGGGCCGACUGCUUCUCGCUUGCUGCAGAGCUAUCUCUCUUUAUCCUCCCUCUGCAAUCUACCCAUGUCAACUCAGAUGAUGUCUUUACUCAACGGUCCAUCAGAACUGCGCCACUAUCUCGAAAGAUCGCACGGUAUAACGGCUCCGCUGGUUCAGCUAUUGGCGCAAAUGACGACCAUGAAUACUUCGAAAGCGGAAAUAUCAACAAGCGACCUGGCCGAAUUGGAGUUGCAACUUUUACUCAAUUUUCCAUCCUUGUCUGACCCGGAUGCCCCAGGGUCGACUACUAUCCAACAUGCGCUCAACUCCUUCUACUAUGCAACGAUCAUCUACUUCAAGCGUACUCUUCGCCAUGCGCCUCUCGGUGAUGUACAGGAGCUUGUGGAGAAAGCUGUUCAGGAAUUGGAGGCGGUUGAUUUCUUGAAAAACGACAAGGGUGGUUGUGCCUAUAAUUGGGCUAGCUUUGUUGUUGCAGCCGAGUGUCAGCGCCCGGAUCUUCAAUCUCGCAUGUUGGCCUCUUUUGAUAAGAAGGCAAAGAACGGGAUUGAAAACGCAAUGAUAUUGCUUGAAAUUGUCAAGACCCUCUGGGACAGAAGGGCACAGGCUGGAAGUGGUGUGGAUAUUCACUGGCAGGAAAUUGCCAAGGAGACAGAUUUUGAUAUCAUGCUUGUAUGA